CUGCAUGAUUUGCCACUCCCAGACUGCUGCCCUCAAGGCCUAGUGUUGACGGAUGAGUCAUUGUGUCGUUAACACACACACGCACACACACACACAUCCUCAUAGACUCGCUGAACUGCACAAAUGUAGAGGUCUGCGUGUCUCGCUGAUCUUCUGCUCUCAGUGAAGGUGAAUUUUUUUUACUGGUGUUAAUCUGAUCUUCACCUCUGGAGCUCCAGCAUGAUGAAGGCUGCUGUAUUCCUGCUUCUGUUUACUCUCGUGGAUUUCAAUGCUUCAUACUCAAAUGAGACCAGCAGUCGGCAAAAGCGGGAUGCUGUCCUCAUCCGCACAAAGAGACGAUGGGUUUUGUCCACCAUUGAUCUGGAGGAAAACAUGCCUGGACCGUUUCCAGUGGAGGUGACACAGAUGUUUAAUGACAAAAAGCAGGAGAACGUCAAGUUCCGCAUCUCAGGAGAAGGCGUGACGACACCACCUAUUGGGUUGUUUAGCAUCAAUGAAAACACUGGAUCGGUUUUCGUACACCGGGCCAUCGACAGGGAAGUCAACCCCAUCUUUCAUGUGGACUUCGAUGUGCUGGACAGGAACUCUGGAGCCACACUGGACAAAACACUGUCAUUUAAUGUGGAAAUCAAGGACUUGAAUGACAACGCACCCGAGUUCACCCCCAGCAACACUAUUAGUGCAUCAGUUCCCGAAAACACACUUGAAGGCCCAAUCCAAGCGACAUUACAGGCUCAUGACAACGAUCAGCAGGACACUCCGAAUUCACAGUUCACCAUGCGUGUGAUUUCACAAGUUCCAGCCGUUCCCGUCUUUAGCCUGAGGGACAUCCCACAGACCACCAAAAUCAAGCAGCUUGCCUUCUCGGGAUGCUUUGAUUUCGAUAAAGCAAAGUCAUAUAAGAUUCUAGUUGAAGCCAAGGAUAAAGGUACGCCUCCGAUGUCUUCUACUGCAACUGUUAUUGUGGAUAUUACAGACUCCAACACUCACCAGCCAGAGUUCAGCUCCACUACAUACAAUGCUGAAGUGAUGGAAAUGGAGUCGAACAAGGAGAUCCUGAGAAUCAACGUCACAGACAAAGACACGCCGAACACUCCUGCGUCUCGAGCCGUUUUCUCCAUCCUGAAGGGGAAUGAAGACGGAAACUACAAGAUCAUCACAGACCCUAAAACCAACCAGGGAGUGCUGUCGGUAAUCAAGGGGAAGAAUUUCGAGAAGACCGAGAUCACAGAGCUGGUGAUUGCAGUGGAGAACGAGGAGAAGAUAUUUCAGUGUGUUGAUGGAAAACGCACCUCUGCUUCGCCACCAAAGCCGCAAACCACCAGAGCGGCAGUGAAAGUCAUCGACGUGAACGAUCCGCCAGUGUUUAAGAAAAACAUUGAGAAAGUUUACCGCAACGAGAACGGGAAACCAGGAGAUGUGCUGUUCACACCGGAUAUUAAAGAUGAGGAUUCAGACGUCAAUAAUCUCAGGUAUGAGUUGGUCAAAGAUCCUGCCAAUUGGGUGAGUGUUGACCCGAAGACAGGAAAGAUCACCACAGUUCAGACGAUGGACCGCGAGUCUCCGUUUGUGAGGAACGGCACAUACACCGUUGUAGUGCAAGCUAUAGAUGAUGGACAACCUCCUGCUACAGGGACAUGUACGGUGGUGGUGUACUUGGGUGACAUGAAUGAUAACGCCCCGUAUCUGACCUCCAAUAAAACGGUCAUGUGUGCUAACAAUAUGAACCACGUCAGAGUGUUACCCGCAGAUGAUGAUGCUCCCCCGUUUUCCAGUCCUUUCACCUUCUCUCUGGGAGGAGAUGAAGAAAUGAAGAGACUGUGGAAGCUGGAUCCCACCACAGGGUUAAACAGCUCUCUGAUAAGUCUGACCAGUCUGCCAUAUGGAAACUACACGGUUCCUCUGAAGAUCCAGGACCAGCAAGCGCUGCAGUCAGACGUGCUCCUGCAUGUAUCAGUGUGUGAAUGUUCAUCAGCAUACACGUGUCGCGGUCGGCUUCCUCUGUCCUCCAGACUCGCUCCUGCAGCCAUCGGACUCAUGAUCGCUGGACUCCUGCUGCUGGCCCUUCUGCUCCUCUUUUGUUUCUUCUGUGACUGUAACAGCAAGAACUUUCAGCACAUUCCUCUAAACCUGCAUGAUGAGGGAAACCAAACCCUGGUCAAAUACAACGAAGAGGGAGGAGGAUCAGUCUUUAAGCCCGAGUCUAUGUUUGUUUCCAAUCUUGCUAUGAAAGAAAGCAUCAAAAUUUCAUCUGCUCCACCAGUGGACUAUGUGGCCACUGAUGGAUUCAGAAGGAGUGAAAACGGGACAAUGAGGAGCCCUGGGUAUAAUGCUCAGUAUUUCUCAGGGGCGUUUCAGGAGAUGUCCAACGGCGGAGGAGUGAUGAGUAUGCCGUAUCAGAGUUGGUCAACAGUGAGGAGGGAAAGGGAAAGCUUUAGGAAUGGAGGAGCUCAGCUGACCAGAGGGUACAGUGUGAGCCGAGUAGACCGAAACCUGGCAGAGCACAUCGAGAGGAAGAUCAGCGGGUUCCCGGAGGAACAGAGGGAUUAUCCGGUGUAUUCCCCGUAUCAGUACGAGUAUGAGGGUAGAGGCAGCGACUGUCAGUCUCUGGAUCAGCUGAGCGUCAGUAAUCUAGGAGAGAACCUGGACUUUCUGCAACACCUCGGCCCGAAGUUCAACAAUCUGGGCAAGAUCUGCCAGCAGCCCGUCAACCACAGAAACGUCCAACUGUAAAAACGCACCAGAUAACCUGAGGAUAACUCCACAUUUCCGUAAUGCUUCAUCUGCUGUUGGGUUCCAGGGUUUCAUUUUGAUUUUUUGCAGACUAUUUUGAUUUGUAUGCCUCUUUUUUUACUGUUUUGGAAACUAUUUGGAUUCAACGUGCCUUUUUAAACUUCUUGGAGACGAUUUGGAUUGGAUUGGCAGCGUAAAACAGGGUGAUUUUGGAUAUAAGCUGUGAACUUUGCAUUCUCAGUGGCGAUAUUGGCCUGGAGGAAUUGUUGGAUACACUUUUUUUAUUGCUUAUGAAUGUAUCGGGAAGCAUGUUGGUGCUCGGAUGAACUACUUGUGCCAGCUUGCCUGAAAUGAUCAGAGGCGGGGUUUUUUGGCGAGGACUUUAAGAUCUUCUUCUGUUCUCACGGAUGAACUGAGGAGCCGCUGUUCUGCCUUUAGGUACUGUUUUAAUUCUGUGCUCUUUUGCUGGGAUGACUGUCUUUGCACUGCUGGAUCUCAUUUACUCACCUUUAAGCAUCACUGGGGUGUUUUUUAGUCAUUGGGGUGAAUUUGGCUUUAUGUUUGCACAUUCAGACUUUCACCUUCUUAAUUUAAUGUCAGAAAAAGUAAUGUUUGCAAAUCCUAAAUGGGUAAAUCAUAAGAUCAGCCAAUGACUAUCAAAGUACAACAUUGCUGAUAGUUAGUGAAAUGGUGCUAAUGUUGUCUUGAAGUCAUUCUUACAUAAGAUUUCAGACACAAUAUUCAAAGUAGCGUAACAAUACGUCAUUAUAAUUCAUCUGUGUUCGCCUUUUAAAUUCUGCUUUACCACUUUGUUGAACGCCUGAAUGUGCGAAUAUAACUUUACCUCAACUAUUUGCUGGUGCAUUAAAAAGCAUGCCAAUGUAAUCGUGCACACCACAGCAUUAAAUGACAGGUGGAAAAUCCUCAUUUAAAUAAAAAAAAUCCUCAAAAUGCUCCACCAAUCAGAUUGUUCUCGAGUCUGGAGCUGCUGUAUGGAACAAAAUCAGUGCCAAAAGUAGUGAACUAAAAAGCUUGCUGAAUAUCACAAGCUGAAAAAAAUUAUACAU